GGUUGUGGCUUUCACGAUGAUGGGACACAGUGAUGACUCUGACCUGGGAAGGGGAGAUGGGACCCCUCCGAGUAGACAAGGCAAAGGAAUGUUUGCCAACAGCCACCCGGCCUGUCGCCACCAGGCGGCAUGUCCCGCCGUGUCUCGGUGCCCCCGAGCCCAGGACUCCAUUUGCAGAGGACCCGAGUGGCCAGGGGUGGCGGGCAGGGCCAGGGGCCGCAAGGACACAGCGGUGCUCCCGGUGCCCGCCCCCCCGAGCCGAGCGGGGCGGAGCGGCAGGACUACACCUCCCGUGCUGCACCGGCGGCGGGCGGCCCUCCCGGGCUGACGCUGCCGGCGGCUCCCGGCGCCGCCUUUGUCCGUGCGGCGCUGGCGGCGCGGCCCCGGCGCAGGGACCAUCUGUCCUGGCUGUGCUGGUGCGGCUGGUGACGGGACAGGCACUUCGAGUGGAAUCCGGAGCAUCCUGCCUCCCUGUUCCCGGGUCAAUACUUGCACGGGCCUCCAUCUCCCCGCCGAGAGCAGCGACGCGCCGGGCUCCAGGCUGCUGCGGCAAGAUGUCGGUGACGUUUGAGGACGUGGCGCUCUACUUCUCCCCUGAGGAGUGGGCAAAGCUGUCGGGCUGUCAGCGGCAGCUCUACCGGGAGGUGAUGCUGGAGAACUACCAGAUGGUCGCCUCGCUGGGUUUUACUCUGCCAGGCAGCGUCCUGUGGAGAGUGUUCCUGAGAGAAAAUGGGAUGGGAUGAAAUAGCCCAUUUGAGAUGGAAGAGACUUACAGUGCUCAUCUAGUCCAACUGUGUGACCACUUCAGGGCUGACCACAAGCUGCAGCAUCUUGUUAAGGGCAUUGUCCAAAUGCCUCUCAAACAGGGACAGGCUUGGGGCAUCGACUGCCUCUCCAGGCAGCCUGUUCCAGGAUUUGACCACCCCCUCAGUACAGAAAUGCUUCCUCACAUCCAGUCUAAACCUCCCAGGCGCAGCUUUGAGCUGUUCCCAGGUGUCCUGUGUGCAGGAGAGUGGCCGAGGUGACGGGGGCGAGGCGAGAGGAGGCUGUAGGUGCAGGGAUGUGGGGGCUGAAGCCGCAGCCUGGCAGGGACAGGAGAGAGGAGCGGGGUG